CUUCGGCUCGUUGCUUAAAAUUUGACCCUGUUAAAGGGUGUCAAGUGUUCGAAUCAUAAGGAGAUAUAUUUGGUAUGUUCAUUGUUAAGGAUAGAUUUUUAGGUCAAAGUAUACUAUACUGACACCAUCGAGUGAACCAAUUAGAAUGAACACAACCAUUUGUGAAUUCUGACACGAAAUCAAAGGCUCACCUAAGCAACCGAAAAACAGGAAAUAAGGGUGAGGAAGGGGGAAAUAAAAGGAAAAUUUCAUAAGAAAAUAAAAAGAAAUGCGUCCAAAAAUAUGUUCUGCUAUGAGGAAAUAUUGCAAAAAUUUCCGUUUUUGUUCUGUGUUUGAAAUAUCGCCUAAAAUUACGCUAAAUUGUGUGAUUUUCGUCUGACCUCAAAUGUAUCCUAUUUUCGCCCUAAAUUUAAUUACUGAACAAAUGCCUAGACUCAGUCAACUGUUUUAAAAUGCUGUAUGUGAUUAAAUUCAUUGACAAGAAUUAUCAUUUUACAAGGAGAUUAAUAACAGACAGAUGCUAGCCAUACAUUUUCGUUGUAAGUUCAAAGUUCCACUGCCAUUUACAAAGAAGUUACAAGUAAUGCGUCAUUUAAUAAGAAUAUACUAGUUGUUAAGUGCACAUGAAGUCGUUUACAUGUGACGUAAGUCACUCACUACAUAUGCUUAGUUUCGAUGUAGCACAUGUGGUAAAAAAGUAAGUGCAUAGUAAGGAUUAUCAUCCACUAAUCACGUCAGUAUGUUCAUUUUAAAUGUUAAGUAUUCCAAUGUAUUUAGUAGACUUAAAAAGUUUUCCCUAAUGUGCUCUUGCUGAAGACAUCAAGUUCCUCUUGAGAUGACAAAGAGGACUGCAAACUUAAUAACUCAGUGUCAAGUUUCCGUUGGUGAUCACUCUGGACAGACCUAGACACCAGCUGAAUAAUGUUCGCACUGAAGUCUGAUAUUCUUGAUAUGUUCUACAGAGAAGCAUGUGAUUUUUCAAUCUCAAGUAUUAACUCUAAUCUAAUUACAAAUGAGACUUACUCAGAAGCUAACGCACUUCCAGUACGCUUUGACACGGACGUUGAGGGCGACGCUUCUAGUUUUGUGGAACUCGUCUAUUAACAUUUAUGAAUGAAUCACGCCUACUUUGCCGUUAAUGAUACCGUGGUGUCUAGUAACCCGAAUUUCGGGUGUUAAAUGUAGCUGUUUCCAUCCUGCAUUUCAGCCACGUCACCGGAAUUAUACAUUCAUGCACUCACAGUGUAUGUUUCAAUCAACUAAGUAAAGACUGGCAAUAUUUACUCUUUAAGGUGCCUAAAAUUGAUAAAAUUACCUACCGUGCAACAUGAGGUUGAAAUCUCUUUAUGUCUUUCUUUCUACGAACUAAUUCUCUUUUCCUGUACUAUAUCCUUAUACAAAAUCGUUCUUUUAUGUAUUACCACCGUUGAAUUAACUGCUAUGAAUCUGGUGUUCAUCUAGAUAUGCUAACUAGGUAUGGCAACUUGGAUCGAUGCAUAUAUGUGCCUGGUCCUACGUUGUAGCUGUAUAUUACAAGGGAGACCUGUUCCUGAUUAGUUUUUUGUGUACGUGAUGUGAUUCAACGGAUAGGCGGGGAUUUUUUGUUGCUAGGCCGUGUUCUCUCAAUCUAAUUACUGGCUCUAAAUCUCGGCUUCAAGUUUUCUAAGUUUGUACACAAAAGUGUGGCAGCACGACAUUGAAUUAUAACUGGACAAACAGAAUAUCCGCCGCAAACAGGUUUUCACAUCGAUUCACUCAAUUUUGUUACUUGUCACCGGAAGCAGUCGUGUCCUCACCUUCACUUGACGCAUUCAAUAGGAGAAUAGACACUCACAGAAGCUUAGUAGAAAAGGACUAACACAGGCCAUCGAUCUUCUGUUUUAAAUACAUAAAUCUGCAUCUGAUAUCAGUUUUUGUUGAACACCCUAAACCUAGUUCGUAAUCCUAAUACAUAACUCCAGUUUAACUCCUUUUACUUAACUCUAACCUUUUUGUAUCACAGCUGACAUCAGUUGGUGAUGAAAACGCUGUAUAGUUGCAACCGUAACUGAUAUCACCAUCCCAUUUGGGCUUGCCGAACUCGGUCGAUUAUUUUCUACAGCCCUUUCAGCCUAUUACUUAUAAUCGUUUUUUGGAAUACAUUGGUGUAUUCUCAUAAAACAUUUCUUUUAGGGUUUUAUUGGAAAUGUGACUGAAAGUUAUUAGGUACUACUCCUAAUAUGCGUUUGUCUUUCAUGUCGUUUUAGGAGGGAAUAAUCCUGAUUUUAUUAUUUAUUUAGGACUUUUCAAGCCCUUGUUUUCGUACCUCAAUAUUCUAGCUAACUCCACAAUGCUUGUGAAUUCACUCUGUGCGGAGUCUCAAAUAUUUAAAUGUAAAAGGUAUGGUCCAGAUCAACAUGGAACUCAUAAGGUACUCAUAGAAUCUCCUAAAUGUUUACAAACGUCAUCAGGCAAUAUCUUCAAAUCAAUUGGGAUACUAUUGCAAACUUGUUGAGUAUGAAUUAAUUAGAGAGGUUAUCCUUGAUUUGGCAUAUGAAUAUGAACUUAACCUGUUGACCAGCUAUGAAAGUGAUCUUUAUUGUACAGUGGCUAGGAUAUGGACUGAAUGUCAUGUUUCUAAAGGAAUAGAAGAAACAUGUUUUUACAGUAAAGAAGAACAUGGAAAUAAAAUUAUGGAUGAUAUCCUUUCGAUAUUGCAUACACGGAUGGAAAAGAAGCUAAAUGAAAGACUGAGAUUGUUCGGUGACCACAACCAAGAUCAAUCUGAAAGCAAUCAUUCAGUUGGAGUUGAAAAGCUUCGAAAUAGGAAAACUGAGCUCGCUACAGAACUUAGAAGGUUACAGGCAUCAUUCACAGAAAUCAUAUCAAGGAUAUACAAUACAUCUUCCCGUUUAUUUCGUGAAUAUCGACACGUAGUUUGGCCACGAAUGAGUCGUCAGGCAUUAGCAGUUUUAACUGAACAAGCCAAAGCCUUACUUUUGCGCGUCAAAGUUUUGCAGAAAUCCAUUGAAUAUUCCACUUCACAACCUUCAGAAACUUUAGAUAUCCUGAAGAAAAUUCACAUUGAACUUACUAAUUCACGUUGUGUUUUACAAAAAGAGGUGAAGGAGUUAGAAACAUUGCUUGCUACAUAUGACAAUAAAGACGGCGAAUAUCAUAAAUUAGUAAAAAGAUAUGUUGAUUGUCAACAACAAUUAUCUUUACGUUCUACAUUAUUACACGAUAAUGAUACUAUACAACUUAAUCAAAGAUCACAUAAGAACUUUUCAAGUCGUCGAUCAUUGAGUGUUGACGUUAUAACUCGUAAAUAAUUAAUUUAAAAAGUUCUGUAUAGUUUAUUUCGAAAUUUCGGUAAAAUAUAAUGUUUUGUAAUCUUGAUGUUUUCUUACUAUUUUUCUAGUGUUUAACACUUUUUGUUUGCUGCUGUUCAUCUAAGUUAUUUAUGGGCAUUGGAUUCAUGGGAACUAUAGUCUCACAUUUAAAUCUGGUCCACUUUGGGAUAAAUGAUUGAAUAGCAUUGAAAAUCGUCUCACACACAGUAAUUUUAGCCACAAAUUCUGUAGUAAAACCAUUUUAUUUUAUUUAAAAUCGCUUUAUUACGUCAGUAUUAUUACCUGAUGGAAAAUAUUCACCUUAACUAUAAUUAUUUAUACCUUAUUCGUUCAUACCCUGUAUUCUAAAAGCAUAAUAUCAUUUUGAUACUUUCUUAUGUAGUAAUAUUUAUAUUUACGGAUAGGAAAGACAGAGUAACUGUUACCGUUGCUGUUGUUGCAUCAAUAAUAAUAAUAAUGUUAGGAUGAUAUUCUAUUUUCUUUAUUGCUAUGAUAACUUUUUAUUUAAAUUAUGUCUCCAUUUGUUACACAAGCAUAUCAAUUGUCUUUAUUUUCUUAUAGUGUAUAUUUUAUUUGGUAGUUAACAAUGAUGUAUUCUGGGAAUUUAUAUAGAGUAAACAAUAGUUUUCAGAUAUGAUCAGACUGAUACAAAUUGCUAGGUAAUAGUGAAUUUAAGCCUACACUUUUCGAAAGAACAUAAUUUCCAGGUUACUUCAAAAUGAGCAUUUUGAAUAAAAUUGAUAAAAUGUGAGACAAUAAAUGUUAUGCAGGUUGGAAUUCUGAAUGAGAUGAUAUGACAAUACGACGUUAGUGAUCAUUAACACUCCAUAGCAAAAAUAAAUUCAGACGAUAAAAGGUUGUCACAAGUAUGCAAACUGAUUUGGUAUUCGAGAAUACUGAGCAGGUUGUAUGAAUGUGUUUUCGUAUGGAAAACACUACAGAGUUUCCAUAUGAGGUACAUGAAAUAGUCUAAGCACUAUAAAUAUCUCGAGAUAGUCAAAGUACUAUAAUGUUAGGAAGUUGAAACCUUUUCAUUUUUAACGAGCAAACACGUCUUAAAAAUCCCAGUUCACUAUUACUUCUCAGUAUAGCACAGAUCAAACUCACCAACAAAUUACUUGUUCAUGUAUUUUCAUCUUUCGACCAUAGCUAUUAUAUAGAGGCUUGUGGUGUAGAGAGCUUGUCAAACUUAUAACCUAAUGAUUGAGGGCUGUGCUUUCAACAUCAAGGUGUUGCAUUGUAUCACAUCAAAUUUAGCUUCCUCUAAUAGAUUGUAUAGCGAAGAGUAAUGAAGACCAGUAACUUCUUAAGUUCAUAGAAUUUCAGAUUUUAUAAAGGACUGUAUACUGUUAAAGCAAUACGCAAUUAAACCCUGCUAACAUAAAUGACUUUAUCGCCUUGCAUCAAUCCCUGCUUUCUUGCUUCUUUGGUCGAGGUCUCCAAGUUUUAUUACUGCCAGAAUAAGACUACGUUUUUAUUGAUCAUAAGCUUUCGGAUUCUUUGUCAACGAAGUAAAUUGUCUUCUAUUAAAUUCGACUGUUGGACAACCAUUAUACGAAUCGGUAUGUGAAUAAUUUUCAAUAUAAAUAAAAAUAUAUUUGUAAUAUCCCAAUGAGUAGAAAACUAGAUUCUCUGACGUUUCGUGACUUAGUGUAAGUCACUUCUUCAGAGAAUAACUAACCAAAGUAAAAUUAAUCCAAGUUUAAAUAGUAGAACGGAACAAUAAGAAUAAUAUUUGAUCAAUCAAAAACAGAUCUGAACAAGUUAAUAUCAUGUCAUUUCUGUCAAGGUGAUUCAUGAGUGAUAUGUAUGUAAAUUUGUGUGUAUGUGUGUGUACGUUGUUUAAGUAUAGAUAGAUACUACUUAGUUCAAUCAAGAAUUAAUUUAGGUAAUCUGAGUGAGCCGAUUGACACUAAACUUAAAAUAAGUGAACUGGUUAUUCGCAAAUAAUAUCAUGUUCUAAAUUGUUGAGUAGUGUCUCAUUGGAUGAAACAUUCAAAGGUUUUGGGUUUCGGGCUCAAAAUUAAUCUCAUUCACUUCAGUCUAGAUCACUAAAUUUUAUCUCUGGUUGGGGCAUACCAUGUAUGGCAAAAAGAUGACUACUUGGGUAUUUACGUAGUUACUGAUUUGGUUCUGUUUUUUAGGAUGAAAUAUAUUAUUCAGUUAUUUUAAUAAGCUAAAUUAGAUAUUGUUUCAACUGCUUCGAUAACUAAAUUGAGGUUUUACACAUAAACCGCUUUAUUCUAAGAGCUCUUGAAUAUUGACUUUUGUGUUUUACAGCUAGGGGACCCAUUGAUUUGUUAUGAAAUCUCAUAUCAGAUUCAGUUUAAGUAAAUUUUACUCAGUGAAUGUUGUUUUAUCCUCAACUUGUUGCGAAAAGAGUUUGCUGGUGAUGUGUUCGAAUUUACCGCUUAUAAUGGAUAAUUAUGUAACUGAUUAAUUUAUCGAACUUUAUUCAGUUUAUAUUGUUUUUGAUUUCUAAUAUGAAUUUUUAUCCUUCAGCAGAUUCAUUUAAACAUACACCUUUAUAUAUAUAUGAUGAUUGUACAGCUUGAUAACAAAUUCGUUGAAAAGAUAUUCUUUCGCCGAACUUCGUGUUUUUUAAUGUUUAAAUUGUGACUGUCUGUCAUUCUAAAUUAAUGGACAUAUGAAAGCAGCACUUCUUGUCUCAAGACUUUUUACCACUACACAUCCACUAAGUCCUUUAUAGCUUGGUUUUGUUUUUUGGCCUUCGAUGAUAAUUUGAUGAUGAGCCGGUAAAUAGUGUUCAUUUAUGGUCCUUCGUUGGUUAGUUACAAUACUCCAUUACUAACUACAUAUUAAUCUGUUUUUUUUUAUUGAACUAUGUAUGAAAUAAAUUAGUCGAUAGUUUAUUGUACCAUUGUAUUAAUAUAUACAUAUUUAAUAGGUGGAUAAUGGCGUUUAGAAGAGAAACAUGAAUUCUUAGUUAAAUGCUAGAUAUAUUCAUAUUGGAUCCUAACUAACUGUAUUUGAUCGAUUAGCUAUUUCUUUGUUAUUUUAAAUUGCUUGUGUCCUCAUAAUAUAUCUUUUAUUGUCAUGUUUAGAAUACGUCCUCCAUGUGAGUCGACUAUUGAAUGGACGAACUUACAGAUGCAGAACAUUUACGAAUUGAACAAAACCGAAAACGUGCUUUAGAACUUAGACUUUCACAAGUUGUGGCAAAUGAUCGGUAUGUAUCAAACUAACUGAAUCGUAUGCUUUUUAUAAAGAUAUAUAAUACAGCAACUAAUUGCAACAUAUAAUUCAUUUCUUAAAACUGGCUUUAUGAUUGUUCCAUAGAUGGUAAAAAAGCUUAACUCUUCCAGUAGCUGAUUAAUGUUUCGUUCUGUAUGUAUCAUGAUUAUUCUGUUAUACUUCACUAUUAUUAAAUUCAUAUGAAGAAAACUGAAUAAUGGAACGUCUUGUCGACACUCUUCACGAUUGAUAGACAUACUUUUAGAUGGAGUAUAAUUCGUUAUUGUAGAUAAAAACAUAUUUGCAUUGUUUUUCGUCAUAAUUUGUCCCGUAACUAAGGUACUGUCAAAGUACUUAGUAGUUUAAGCUAUUACAAUGGUUUAUUAUAUAUGGUUACAUGAUGCAAUGUAAUCCAAUAGGUAUAUUCACUAUUAUUAUCCGUGUUUGUAUACGUUUUAAACAUACGGGCAGUUUCAUUUUUGUGAAUCUCUACUUUUUUUAAACAUACAUUACAUGAAAAUCGUUUUGUAAACGUGGAGUACACAGAUAAAAUGAUCUUUUCAGGCAUGACUGACAUGGUAUGUAGUUUUAUAAAAUCGUGUAAACAAUUUAGGGGUGUUUGGUAUGUAUUCCAUAUCUAUCUACAAAAUGUUCUACUGAUCUUUCAUUAUUGUUGUAUUAUAGAUAUCUUAAUAGACCAUAAUAUAGAGAGCUUUUUUCUUAACCUAUGAGCUCUUAUAACCGGUAAACUUUUCAUUGGCUGCUAUUUUCUCACUAUUUGUUAUUAUUACACAUAUACAAAGUAUGAAAUGGUGCAAGAAGAUUGAAAACAUCUCGAAAAUUCCAAGAAUCCUAUAUUUAUUAUCUUUGUCUCCUCUUACCCUCCAUUUCUAGCCUAGUUGACCUUUUAUUUUUAUAUAUAAAUGUUCUUAACAAGUAUAUGUGUGAUUACAUUGUUCGAAAUGUAUUGCGUUAAUAUACCACAUAGUUCUGAUAAUCUUCGUCUUCUUAAUACACUAUCGCAAUCCUAUAUUUAUUAAAUUACUAGUUACUGUUUAUUACAGUUUUAGAGAAUAUUUGUUUUAAAUAAUUAGAAUGACAAUUGAUUGAUGUUCUCCAAGUUCUAUUUUCAGUCUUAAGUGUUUUAUCAAGUAACAAUUUUGUUUCUAUGAUACUAUUAGUGCUAUGCAUGAAACCAAAUGAAAUACACUUAUCAAGAUUGAUAAGUUUAUUAGCUAUUCGUGUUGUCUAACUGUUCUAUUGUAUAUUAAUUUCUUUACUGUUACAAACUAAACAUAUAUAUUCUUUACUGGUGUUAGUUACUGCAUUAUUUUUUUUCAAGUCAUGAUGUUUAUGCAUCAGUCCCACAAUCAAAACUGAAUACAAAAUACUUAAGUGAUGGAGGUUUUAUUUUUGAAGAGGAAACUUCUAAUCAUAAUUAUCCUUAUACAGAAAAAGAUGAAGAAUUUUCAGAUCCAGAAUUAAAUGCAACUGUUAAACCUAAAAAACGCAAACAAAAGUGUAUAAAACAGUCAAACGCUGAGUCGAAUCUCCUCAUAGCUGAAUCCAAUGUACCUAUUCCCCCUGAUCAAGAAAAACCAACUUGUGAUUUAUGCCAUAAACUGUUUGAAGAAUCAUUUUUACGCAAAACAUUUGAAGUAGAUGUUUGUGAUAAAUGUCGAGAUCCUAAAAAUAUUCAUGCUUUAAUUACUAAAAGUUCAGCAAAAGAACGUUAUUUACUAAAUGAUGUUGAUUUAGACAUACGUGAACCGAAAUUGAACUAUUUGUUGAAACGUAAUCCACACAAUUCAAGUUGGGGUGAUAUGAGGCUGUAUUUGGAAGCACAAAACUGAAGCUUCAGACACGCAGUAGCUUAUAUACGAGAGCGCAUAAAUCUCAUGAACAUGUGUUCGGACCGGAGAAAUAUGAUUCUAAGUCAGAUAUUUACUAUAAAUGCUGUAUUGAAUGUGAUUACAAAUCAACUUAUGAAAAAUUGUAAUUAUUGCACUGUUACUAACCCAUCGCAUUUAUUUUAUAAAAGGUGUCAAAACAAUAAGUAUCUUUUUUGAAAUGCUUUAAUUAAUGUUGAUGUGAAUAAAAUAAUAAUACUUAAAAGCGUCAGACAUUUGUCACUGUACAUGUUUCUGGGAUGCCACUUUACAAGGCAGGGUAGUAUUUGUGACAAAAUAAAAAUGGAAAUCGGUAUUCUGGAACAUAUACCAGAUUGACAGAUACAAAAGCCUACAGAUGACUUUUCGGAAACCCCAGUUCCGAGCAAGUACUGCA